UUCGAGUAUCAGAUGCCACAUUUGGCAUCUUGAUGAUUUGGUAAGGCCAUUUUGUGAUUGGUUUCUCAUAAUUUAAAUAAGAUUUAGAUAAUAAGACCGUUCAAAAAAUGAGUGUUUUAAAGAGUGAGAAGCAAAUCACAAUAUUCAUAUGUUAAAGAUAAAUAAACAAAUAAAAACAACGUAAUAUUUUUCACCACACAGAAUAUCAGUGCCUGUAACUACAAGAAUAAGUAUAUUAAGAGUGCAAAACCAAUGUAGAACUACAAACUGCAUUACGUGUCUUACAAAUAAAAUGUUGGCGUACACAUUCACUCCGAUUCAGUAUGCAUUAUGUGCGCAAAGUGGUAAGCUAACACACUGACAUUUGUUAUUGCUUUGUGCAGCUGCAAUCAUCAAGGGGAAUCACACUAAUUGUACCCAGUUUGCCGACACAAACAGAUUGAACUGGUUAUUCGGUAGAUUGGGCUCACAGGCUUCUGGGGAAGGCACCAGGAUGCUGGAUGUACUGCACUGCGUGCUGAUUGAUUCCCCUGAAGCUCUGAACAUGAUGAGGGAUGAGCACAUUAAAGUCAUCAUUUCUCUGCUGGAGAAGCAUGGCCGAGACCCCAAGGUUCUCGAUGUAUUGUGUUCACUAUGUGUUGGUAAUGGUGUUGCAGUCAGAAGUUCGCAGAACAAUAUCUGCGACUUCCUGCUUCCUGGCAAGAAUCUGCUAUUGCAGACACAACUGGUGGACCAUGUUGCAAGGUCAGUCACAAUUUCUUUGAUUAUAUAAAUGUGUUCUAAUUGUUUAAUUUAGUCACUAAAUGUUAUAUCAGCAGCCUCUUAUCAAAGCCCAACCUGGAAGGCCAGUGCUUUGAUUUUGUGUUGGUUUUUCACCAUUUCCUCCGACCAGAAAUAUGAGGGGUUUUUCAACAAGGCAGUGUAGAGGUUAUGUAAUGUGAAGAAAUAUUUUGCAUGCAAAUGUGUGUACACACAGAAAAAACACAGAGACACAUGCACAAGGACACGCAGAGAUAUUCUU